UUUUUGGUUCUUCUAACCUUUUCCUUCCAAAACAAGCUUUUGUGGGUGGUCAAACAAGAGAAAGAAAAGGACAGGGUUUUUGUUUGUACGGAUUUUUAUUUUGGCCAUACCCUAUAUUGGGUACUUAAAAAUUCUUGGGUAUUAUUAACAAUAAAAUUGUCUUUAAUUUUACUAGGCAUUUACUGUAAAAAUUGUAUCGUUGCUCUAUUUUUAUUUAAAAAAUAAUUAUUUUUAGGCUUAUAUCAAGUUCAACUAAAGGCGAACCUGUUGAUAAACCUUCUUCUCUAACUUGUACAGAAUUUGACGAAAAUUGUAGGUGGAGAAAUAUGGGAUAUGGAGAACAUGGGAUUUGGCGUAGAGCUAUUGGAAUACUUCCCCCAUUAAUUCUUUUUAACGAAACUGGGACUGAUAUACAACCUAAUUUACCUGCUGCUUUUUUAUAUAUUGAGGAACAAACUGAUAUGCCACAACAUACAAACAUAAUUUCCUCAAAAGAUUUACACGAUGCAAGCACUUUAGAACUUAGUGAUACAACAAAAGCUUUUCGAAUGUUAGCUUCUGACCCAAUAAAAUGUCCGGGUUCUACAAAUAUUAUUUUACAAUUUAGAAUUUGGUCAACAAAAGGAAUUAAAUUAAAUUUGUGUUUAUUUGAAAGACAUUCAAUGCAACAAAUUGAAGGAAAAUGUCAACAAGUACCUGUUGGUACAUCCCCAGCAAUUGUUCAACAACAAUUUCAAACACCCCCUCAAAAUACAGAAUUUAUGUUUGUAUUCCAAGUUCAAAGCGUCAACAAAGAUUUUGACAACUUUGUUUUAUUAGAUGAUAUAGAAAUGGUUACAGAUCAUUCCUCAGCUUAUUGUGGCCAAUUAGGUGCUGAUAUUGCUGCACAUAAAGGAUGGUUAUCUGAUGGAGGGAUGUUUACUGCCCAAAUGCUUAAUACUCUUUUAAAUAGGCCAAUACAUUCUGCUAAGGACUUAACUUGUGAUUUCUCCAAACGUGCAUUAAAUUGUCAAUGGGCCAAUCUAGAAAAAUUAAAUGAUGGAAUGUCUCAAUGGGAAAUUGGAAUUUUAAGUAGUGCUAAAAAUACAAAAACGAGCGAGGAUAUUCUUAUUCCAGUUGGAGAUGUAGCUUUAGCUCGCCUCGAUUCUCAUAAUAAAUCUGCAAUACUCUUAUCUGAACGUAUUCUCUGUACACUUCCCUCUAUAACCAAUACAAACGGAAAUAGUGGAACUUUAUCUUUUCGAAGUUGGGGAAGUGGAAAUGGAAUUAAAUUGAAUGUCUGUAUUAUUAGAGCAGAUUCUUUAGAGGUUUUGGAUUGCCAAAAUGUUGGGGGAAAUGAUGGAGAAAGAAAAUUGACUGAAGAAGGGGAUGAGAUUCUAGUGGAAGUUCCUCGAUUAGAUGAACCUAUCCGCCUUGCUCUCCGUGCUGAAACUAUUGAUGUUUGCCGUCUCUUAAAAUGUGAUUUUGAACGUGAUGGAAGUAUGUGCCUUUAUACCUCUAGUCGAGUUGCUGCUUCUGUUUCAAUGUUCCGUGCUUAUAACAACAGUGCAUUUACUGUCUUAUUUACUAGAAGUAAAGUAGCAAUAUUAGAAUCUCCAAUAUUCCAUUUAAAUACACCUGCUAGGCUACAUUUUGAUUAUUUUGUUAGUAAAGGACCUGCAAAGUUACAUUUUUGUCAAGAUAGUGUAAUGCGUGAUCUUUCUUCGUGUUUUAUAAUUUCGGCGGAUGGAGAGACGUUUGGGUGGAAGCAUGAUUUUAUUGAGGUAUUGCCAACAGAUCGAAAACUUUAUUUAAUUGCCAGACUAGAUGGCAAGGGUAGGGCAAAUGUACAAAUUGACAAUUUGGAAUUAACUGAUAUAAUGGAUCACAGCAUUUGCUGA